AGCUGGGAAGAGAGAGGAAGAGACUGGAGAGAGGGUGGCUUGUGUCGUCCACCCACCGCGUCGUUCGCGUCAUCGUCAUCUCUUCCACUCAUUUUUUUUUCCAUCAUUUCUCGCACUAUUUUAUUUGCGUUUUCUGCAGCCGCUGGCUCUUCUUCUUCUUCUUCUUCUUUCACACUCUAGCUCUGCUUAGAUCACUUACAGAAUUUGUCUCCUCCGUCGGUCAUCACAUCUUACGACCAUGAAAGAGAGGAAGAGGAAGGAGCACCACCAUCACCAACGAUAUGAAAUGCUUAUUAGGAUUCCCAUCUAAAAUCUGAACGGACUUCCAGAAUCUCCUCUGUCUGCAGGCAAAAAAGGAACAGGAAAAAAGGGCUUUGGAAAAACAAAGGGAACAGCGGCAAAGAAGGAAAGAAAAAAACAAAAGGAAAACUCAGGAGUGCAGUGACUGUCUUACUCUUUUCCUCUGAACUCCUUCCUCCACACUCAAUCAAUCACAGCGAGAGAGAGAUAUUUUGCAGGGAGCUCGCUAGCAGGCACUCGAUCGAUAGGAGGAUGAAGCUGUCGACGAAGCAGAUCCAGAGCCCCGGUCGGACGGACAAGUAUCCGCCUACGCCGCUGCUGAUGAGGAGGCUGAGGUUGCAGGGGGGAAGCCGGAGGGCGACGGCUCGGUCCAAACGCACCUUCUCGCUCCUCAGGAGGAGGGCCUCAAAUUACGAGGCCACCACCACGCAGGAGCCAUCCUCCCCCAAGGUCACUUGCAUCGGCCAGGUUCGCGUCAAGAAGAAAAAGCCUUCGUCCUCUUCGUCCUCCACCGCACCCAGCACCACCACCUCCCGCCGGAAGUUUUCCGUGUUCUGCCGCUGCUUCCCGGGGAAACCCCCCGGGAAAUCGAAGUCCAGCAGUCAUGGAACCGUAUGGCGCAGGUUCAUGACGGCCAUCCACGAUCCCUUAAAUAAGCACGCAGAAGAGGUGGAGGAGGAGGACGAUGAUGAAGACGUCCGGGUGAAGGAAAGGGUCGCGGCAUUUGUUCCCAGAGAGAAUGACGAAUUGAGGGCGAGAGACUCGAAGGACGAAGAGACAGAAGGUGGAAAGGGGGAAGAGAGGGCGGCGGCGGAGCCGCCGAAGAACGCCCUGCUGCUGAUGAGGUGCCGAUCGGCGCCGCUGAGAGACUCGUCUCCCAUGAGCCGCUUCUGGGAGUCCCCCGUCGUUAACUCGAGAGGCGAGCAAGUAAUGCAGAACGGGAAUGAGGAGCUCACCGACGGUGGAAAGGAGGGGAAUGAAGAAGAUGAGGCCUCAGCGGCACUACCACCGCCGCCGCCCCCAUCGCCGCCUCAGCCAGCACCGGCGGCAGAUCUGGGCAGGGCUUCGACAGAUGGCAUCGUUUCAGGUGGGCGGAGGAGAAGGAGGGACGGGGAGAGCGAGUGGGCGUGCGAGGGCAUCUCGGGGAUCGCAAAAGGCGGUGAGAUCUCGCCGGUGUUGACGCGGUGCAAGUCCGAGCCCAGGCCGCACACCCCCGCCGGGAUUUUCCCGGAGGCCUACUUUUGGAAGCGAAGAGUGGGUUUCUCAUAGAAGUAAUAUUUUUUUUGUUAUUAUUUACUAAUUAAAUUUAUUUUUAGUCAUAAAAGUGCUCCAAAGUAGAAAUGAAUUGUGAAUUAUGAAUAUUAAUAAUGGAUUUUUCUUUUUUU